GUGGGGGGGUGGAGCAGCAAGGGUUUCUCCCUAUCUGUCUUGCUUUAAGGGGUCUGUAAAAUCUACAAGCCUCAUUCCAGUUCCAACCUUUGGAUGGUCUGGAGCUAGUGUUGGAAAACUUUCUCCUGGGAGUUUCAUUUGCUAGGCUGAGUUACGAUGCCCGAGCCUGCCAAGAAAACAGCCUUCACCAAGAAGCCAAAAUCUGCAGAAGUUCAGGUGGGUGGCUCUGUCUCCUUUGAGGCCGAGACAGACAAGCCGGCCCUUAAGGUGAAAUGGCAAAAAAAUAAUGUUGACAUCAGCCCGAGUGACAGAUUCGUCAUCAAGGCUAAUGGCAAAAGCCACUCGUUGACAAUCAAUAAUGCUGCUGCCGAGGAUGAAGUGGUCUAUUCCGUGAUUGCCGGGACAUCAAAAGUUAAAUUUGAACUGAAGGUCAAAGCACCAGAAAAAACUGAGGAAGCCCCUGCUCCUCCUGCCGCAGAAAGCUCAGCUCCACCUGCCCCCGAAGAAGCUGCCCCAUCUGUUGAAGAAAAGAAAGAGGCUGAGGUUCCUGCACCUGCACCUGCACCUGCACCUCAACCAGAAGUUCCUGUAGAUGAAAUCGGACUAUUCAUUCAGAGACCAACUGAUGGAGAGGUCACUGUCGGGGAAAACAUAAAAUUUACAGCAAAAGUCGCUGGUGCCAACCUGAUGAAGAAGCCAGUGGCCAAAUGGUUCAAAGGAAAAUGGAUGGACUUGUCCACUAAAGUAGGGAAGCACCUUCAGAUCACAGAGACUUACGACCGUAACACCAAGGUGUAUACUUUUGAGAUUAGUAUCAUUAAGGCAAAAAACACAUAUGCUGGUGGAUAUCGUUGUGAGGUUUCCUCCAAGGACAAAUUUGAUAGCUGUAACUUCAACUUGAAUGUUAACGAAGCAUCUAACGCUGGAGAGAUAGAUAUACGUUCCGCCUUCAGACGCACGAGCCUAAUAGGAGGACCGAGGAGGAGGAUUUCGUUUGCUGGAAGUGGAGAUGGCGCAGAAGAAGCCGGAGAACUGGACUUCAGCGCUCUGCUCAAAAAGAGAGACAGUUUCCUGCGCACAGUAAAUCGUAAUGAGGCCAAACAGGAGCAAGCGAUUGAUGUGGAUGUCUGGGAAAUCCUCCGCAAGGCACCUCCUUCUGAAUACGAGAAAAUUGCCUUCCAGUACGGUAUCACUGACCUUCGUGGGCUGCUGAAAAGAUUGAAGAAAAUGAAAAAGGAGGAAAAGAAGAGUGAAGCCUUCUUAAAGAAGCUUGAUCCAGCGUACCAAGUGGAGAAAGGUCAGAAGAUGAAACUGGUUGUGGAAGUGGCCAAUCCGGAUGCUGAAGUCAAAUGGCUCAAGAAUGGUCAAGAAAUCCGUGUCUCUGGCAGCAAAUACAUAUUUGAGAAUAUUGGAAACAAGAGAAUUCUCACCAUCAAUCACUGUUCCUUGGCAGACGACGCUGCCUAUUCGUGUGUCAUUGGAGACGAGAAGUGCUUCACUGAGCUUUUUGUAAAAGAACCUCCCAUUCUGAUUUUACGCCCCCUGGAGGACCAGGCUGUAAUGGUAGGAGAGAGGGUAGAGUUUGAAUGCGAGGUGUCAGAGGAAGGAGCACAAGUCAAAUGGGAGAAGGAUGGGGUAGAAUUGACCAGAGAAGAGACCUUCAAAUACCGUUUCAAAAAGGAUGGGAAGAAACAUUAUCUGAUUAUUAAUGAGACAACAGCGGAAGACAGUGGCAACUAUGUAGUGAAGACCAACGGAGGAGAAUCUGUGGCAGAACUCAUGGUACAAGAGAGGAAGUUGGAAAUCCUACAAGAUGUGGCUGAUCUGACCGUGAAAGCCAAGGAGCAGGCUGUGUUCAGGUGUGAGGUGUCUGAUGAGACGGUGACAGGUAUCUGGGUGAAGAAUGGAAAGGAAGUCGUUCCCAAUGACAGGAUCAAGAUUACACACAUUGGAAGGGUGCACAAACUGACAAUUGACAAUGUGGUUCCCACGGAUGAGGGAGAUUAUUCCUUCAUCCCCAACGGAUUUGCUUUUAACCUCUCUGCAAAGCUACAUUUCAUGGAGGUUAAGAUCGACUUUGUUCCAAGACAAGAACCCCCCAAAAUUAAACUGGACUGUUCUACCCAUAACUCUGAUACCAUCAUUGUUGUUGCUGGCAAUAAGUUACGCCUUGACGUCCCUAUCUCCGGAGAUCCAGCACCCACCGUUGUAUGGACUAAGGGGGAAAAGGUAAUUGAGCAGUUUCAUAUCAAGCCUACCACAGAUGACGAUUUUUCCAGUGACUUGGAUCUUAUUUCCCAGAAUGAUGGCAGAGUCCGUGUGGAAACCUUUGCGGAUCAUUGCGUGUUCAUUAUUGAGGGUGCCGAGAAGCAGGAUGAGGGGACGUACAGUGUGCUAGUGAAGAACCCUGCUGGGGAGGACAAGGCCAACGUUACCAUUAAAGUUAUCGAGGUACCAGAUCCACCCGAGUCACCCCGUAUCCUGAACAUUGGAGAGGAUUACUGCACUGUGCAGUGGGACCCACCCAAGUAUGAUGGAGGUCAGGGAAUUCUGGGCUACAUCUUGGAGAGGAAGAAAAAGAAAAGUUACCGGUGGAUGCGGCUGAACUACGACUUGGUGAAGGAAACGUCAUACGAAUCAAAGAAGAUGAUUGAAGGCGCAAUAUAUGAAAUCCGCAUUUAUGCUGUGAACUCGAUCGGCAUGUCACUUCCCAGUCAGCCUUCUCAACCCUUCAUGCCCAUUGCUCCCACAAGUGAACCCACUAAUCUAACUGUGGAAGACGUCAGUGACACCAGCGUUUCACUGAAAUGGAGACCCCCGGAGAGAAUUGGGGCAGGGGGGCUGGACGGUUACAAUCUGGAAUACUGCAAAGAGGGAUCCUCCGAAUGGGUUCCAGCUCUUGCAGGACUGACAGAGCGAACUUCCAUAAUGGUCCGAGACCUGCCCACGGGCGAACGCCUCAAUUUCAGGGUUCGAGCAAUUAACCUGGCAGGCCCGAGUGAACCAUGCACACUAAAAGAGCCUGUGACUAUUCGGGAAAUAAUGCAACGUCCAAAGAUCUGGCUACCACGAAACCUGAGACAGAAACUGCUGAAGAGGGUUGGAGAAACCGUCAACAUAGUCAUCCCCUUCCAGGGUAAGCCACGCCCCAUAGUAACAUGGCUAAAGGACGGCCAGCCCAUUGACCCUAAACAAGUCGGGUUGAGAAACAGUGAUGUUGACACCAUCCUGUUUAUAAGGACUGCAGAGAGGCGUCACUCUGGACAGUAUCAGCUCAAAAUCCAAAUUGAGAACUGUGAGGAUACAGCCACCAUCGAGAUCCAAAUUGUAGAUAAACCCACUGCACCACAGAACUUGAAGAUUGUCGAAAUUUGGGGAUUCAAUGUUGCCCUGGAAUGGUCUCCACCACAAGAUGAUGGAAAUGCUGAGAUUACAGGGUACACCAUCCAGAAAGCAGACAAAAAGACUAUGGAAUGGUUCACAGUCUUUGAACAUUACCGACGUCUACAUUGUGUGGUGUCAGAUCUGGUUAUGGGUAACGAGUACUACUUCCGAGCAUUCAGUGAAAACAUGUGUGGACUUAGCGAAAAACCUAUAACAUCAAAGAACAGCGCAUACAUCCAGAAAUCUGGAACCUCCUACAAACCCCCCAGUUAUAAAGAUCACGAGUUUGCUGAGGCUCCUAAGUUCACCCACCCUCUUGUGAAUCGUUCUGUGGUGGCCGGGUACAAUGCAACCCUCAGCUGCGCACUGCGAGGGUCACCUAAGCCUAAGGUUUUCUGGUACAAAAACAAGAUGCUCCUCUCGGAAGAACCUCGUUACCGCUCAUUCAGUAAGCAGGGAGUACUUACAUUGGAGUUGAGGAAGCCUAGCCCAUUUGAUGGUGGAGUCUACACAUGUAAAGCAGUGAAUGAGCAUGGAGAAGCCGAGACAGAGUGCCGGUUGGAGGUCCGAGUGCCUCAGUAAGGAUUCUGUUGGUUGAUGGCAGGUAAGUUUGUACUUGAUGUGACAACACCCAGCCAGUGAUAUGUGGAGGGGGGUGAUAUGAGUG